AUUAGAAUCAAACAGGGGCACCAUCAAGCCUGUACAGUAUGUAUUACAGAUGUCCCUGGUGGUCUAGUGGUUAGGAUUCGGCGCUCUCACCGCCGCGGCCCGGGUUCAAUUCCCGGUCAGGGAACGGCCUUUUGUGUCCUGGGCAUGACAUUAAAGUGCAUCCGGCAGUGGAGGCUCAUCUAAGGGGUCUUGGGGCACUAGGAGGUUAACCCCUUUACCACUGUUACCCCAGGUGGCCCUUGGCAAAGGCCUAGUACCUGACUGCCCCCUAGCCAGGGAUACGGUGAAGACUUCAACGGUGGAACAGGCGGAAGACAGUAGAUUUAAGAACUACCACAACGGCUGCGAUGGCGGAAGAAGACUGCAGCAGAAAAGGGUCCGCAGUCGUCUUGGACUCCAUGCCACUGGACCCUGACCCGAUUCCGUCAAGGAUCGUGUGGUGACCGUCUGUGCACCAGUCACCCCAUGUUAAACUAAGUCACGCAUGAAGGGAUACACCCCUACAAGGAGGAUCGUCAUACUCGCUUCGAGUGACCGCCGAUGAUGAUGAUGUAUUACAGGGGAGCAGUGAGCAGCAGCGGUGGCCGCCUCUUGGAAUCAUUUUUGGUGAUUUAACCCCCAAUUCCAACCCUUGAUGCUGAGUGCCAAGCAGGGAGGACAUUUUUUUUUUUUUGACGACUAUCUCCCGGCUGGCAUGUGAACGCCUCGUGAUCCCCCCGGUAGGAGCUGGACGAAGUGGCUGGGGAGAGGGAAGUCUGGGUUUCCCCAACCUCGGAUAAGCGGAAGAAGAUGGAUGGAUGGAUUACCCUCACCCCAGGAAGAAGACAAUGAAAUGCAGUUUAGCAGCACCUGUCACGUCGGGGUCGCAUUUUACUGCCUGGUUGUUCUCCCAGGAUGCAGACAGAAAACUCCGGAGCCAAGAGCCAAGAUCCAUUUUGCAUGGGAAACCUGAGCAAGCAGACAUCAGUCUCUAGGCCUCCAGUGAUAAAGAAAAUGUCCAACACAUAUACAGUUAAAACACUGACGAACAAAAUUCCAUUUUUACAGUGAGGGACAUGUGUGCGAAAAGAAGAUGGAUGGACAGAGAAGCAACACGGAGAAGAGACCGUCCAUGGGAAGGUUGCGGUAAUUGCCUUGGAGGAAAUAGAACCCUUUGCCACCCAGCAGCACUCAAAGCUGCUGUCAGACUUCCCCGAGACACUGCGCGUCAACACCCGGCCGUGGACGUACACUUCCGACUAUCAGGGUCAAGACAUUUGAUCUAAGAAGAGGAUAAAGGCAGAGCAUCCAGAGCUAAGGCAGAGACGUCUUACAGCUUGAGAAAGACGUCUGUGGUCACGCCACAGCAACACAAACUGGCAUAGAGAUCUUUUGGCACAUAUGGAGUCUGGAUUUGGACGAAGAGGUGGCAUCCUUCCACACCUUGCAGGAGAGGCCCUUGGCACAAUCGCAGCGCUGGAAGAUCUCUAAGUUGUGGGAGCCUUUCUUCCUCUGCUUGGUGCACACCUCGCCCAGUCGCAAGACCGGCUUGCAGAUUUUGGUCCAGAAGUGACGGGCGCAGCAGUAUCCCUCGGAGCAGUCGGAGGAGACCCCUAAUGGCUCCAGGUUGGGGCCCGGCUUGCACCCGAGGGACCGGCAGACUGGAAAGACCGCAAGACAGGAGACUGACUUGUGGGGGCUAACAAGCCGCCACACCUCUCCUUGCCUUUUCAAGCUCAUUAGGAUCACUUAACGGCCGUUCUUUAGGAGAGGGCGGGGGGGGAAUCGGAACCCUCGCAGAUGGCAGCAAGAAAUCAAGGAAGCUAAAAGCGUGCAGUGGGCGACAAAGGUGACUAAAGCAGUAUCACCUCCGAGCAUCUCCAGUUACAUCAAACAAGUCCAAUACUUCCUCCCACUCCCCAGUGGAGGCGCUCCUCCAUUGUCUGCCACAAAAAGACUUUGACACUUUGAAUUGGAGACUUUGAUGGAUGGCUUUUGAGGGACAACAAACAGUUUGGCAUGAGUUGUGCAUUUAAAAGCCAGAUGCGUUUAGUCGGUCUUCAUUGCAAGCAGCUGCCAAGAAGACGGAGUGAAAGUGUGUGUGCAUGGCAUCACAAAGACCCUGGCGCUGCUUCAAAGCCUCUGUGACAUCCCCAAACGACGAGCACAUGAAGCCCUGCAGCACAAACACGUUGAUGGCCGUGCGGCGGCCGCGCCAAUGAGCAGACGGCUACGUGCGCACACAAGCAACCAGUCGACAAGAGCGGAGCAGAUGAUCUGCAAAAGAGGAGGAGACCGCGGAACUUGUGGCUCAGGUCCUCUUCCAGAGACUUGGGAGCUCCAGGGUUCUGCACAGGAUCAUAGCUUUUCCCAAUACUGGGCUCUUCCAGACGGAUACGUCAGAUGUCGUUCCUGGUGUCUGCAGGAGUCAUCCAUCUAGCUUGGGGUUAGCUUCACAUCUCGACCAGGGCGAUCGAUAACAUCCAGCCCCGCUGCCUCCUUCCAGAGGGAAUCCAACCGUGAAUGGACACAGCCAGAGGCCAUGGCGUCGCAGGAGGCUAGUCUCAACCCCGAAAUAGAAGCAGGCAACGGGCACGGCGGCAAUCAGACCUGUCCCGUCCACACCCCCAGCGCCGGGGACGCCAAGCGGGGCUUUCGUAAAAACAGACAAAACGACUACGUGAAGAUUUCCAUGAAGGAGCCCGACGCCAACCGCUUGCCGUCAGAGUGGUGGAAGACCAUGCUUCUGUUCUUCUACGCCGCCUUCAGUCUGGUCAUGACCACGGUGGUCAUCACAGUGGUCCACGAGAGGGUUCCGCCUAAAGAGAACAUCCCGCCGCUCCCUGACACUUUCUUUGAGUAUAUUGACCGGGUCAAGUGGGCCUUCACGGUGACGGAGGUCAAUGGCAUUGUCCUGGUGACCAUAUGGUUCAUACAGCUCUUCUUCCUCAACUACAAGUCCAUCGUAUGCAGACGCUACUUCUUCCUGGUGGGCACCUUGUACUUCUACCGCUGUAUCACCAUGUACAUCACCAUCCUGCCCGUCCCUGGCAUGCACAUGAGCUGCGCGCCCAAGCUGUACGGAGACUCUUACGCAAAGUUCCAGAGAAUCCUGCGGCUGAUCUCCGGUGCCGGCCUGUCUAUUACCAAGUCCCACAUCAUGUGCGGAGACUUCCUGUUCAGCGGCCACACCGUGAUGCUCACCCUCACCUACCUGUUCAUCAAGGAAUACUCUCCUCGGUCGUUCUGGUGGUACCAUCUGAUGUGCUGGCUGCUGAGUGCGGUGGGCGUGGUCUGCAUCCUGGUGGCGCACGAGCAUUACAGCGUGGACGUGGUGGUGGCCUAUUUUAUCACAACGCGCCUCUUCUGGUGGUACCACACCAUGGCCAACACACAGUGUCAGUGCUGCCCCAACAAGUACCUAAGCAGCGCCUGGUGGAACCCCCUGUUCAACUUGAUGGAGAGGAACGUGCACACGCCUGUGCCGUGCGUGUACGGCUGGCCCGUCAGCUGGGCCCCCGCUUGCCUGAAGAACCCCUGUAAGAAAUACUCUAUAGUACAGAGCACACGGGACGAGUGAGCCGUUCGUUCCAGCGUUUGACGAGGUUUUUAACGAACAAACGUGCCUAGAAAGGAUUCAUCACGCUUUGUCUGUCAGUCUGUCUAUUGCUGUAAUUUAUCUUUUUCUUUACGCGUGUGUGUACAACUGAUACUCGUGCCAGCCAACACCUUCUAGAACCAACUACACUACCAAAUUUGUUGUUGAAUGACCUCGUUAUCAGUGUCACAAGGUGCCUUAGUGGGUUCAGCGUCAUGUGUACCAAAACUGCCUUGAAAAGUCACUCCAAACUAGUAUUAUUAAUCAUUUCAGAACCCCUCGGUGUGUGUGUUUCAUCCAUAAAUUGUAUUAAACUGGAUUAAAUUAAGUACAAAGUCUUGUUUUUACUCAGAAAGACAGCCUCUCGUACAGUGGUUCUCAAUUUAUUUUCACCAAGUACCAUCUCAGAAAACACUUGGCUCUACAAGUAGAGCCGUAAUAACGACCAACAUUAAAAUCAAGUAGCGUAGUAGGCCUAAGUAUUCAUUGAAGCAGAGGUUUUGUAUAACAAGUAUACCGUAUUUCCUUGAAUUGCCGCUGGGAAUAUAGUAUGCGCCUGCCUUGAAUUACUGCCGGGUCAAACUCUCUUCGCAAAAUAAUUAGCGCAUGCUUAGUAUUACCGCCUGGUCACGAGUGACACUUCCCCUGUCAUCAUUUUCAAGAUGGAGGAGGCUUAUUUCAAUAUCGGUAAUUUGAAAUCGCAUAAAGGGAAGAUCGGUUCGCAGCCAAGUGUGAAGCGACCGGAAUGAGAAUCAGCACCUCCAAGUCCGAGUCCAUGGUUCUCGCCCGGAAAAGGGUGGAAUGCCAUCUCCGGGUUGGGGAGGAGACCCUGCCCCAAGUGGAGGAGUUCAAGUACAUAGGAGUCUUGUUCACGAGUGAGGGAAGAGUGGAUCGUGAGAUCGACAGGCGGAUCGGUGCGGCGUCUUCAGUAAUGCGGACGUUGUACCGAUCCGUUGUGGUGAAGAAGGAGCUGAGCCGGAAGGCAAAGCUCUCAAUUUACCGGUCGAUCUACGUUCCCAUCCUCACCUAUGGUCAUGAGCUUUGGGUCAUGACCGAAAGAAUAAGAUCAUGGGUACAAGCGGCUGAAAUGAGUUUCCUCCGCCGGGUGGUGGGUCUCUCCCUUAGAGAUAGGGUGAGAAGCUCUGCCAUCCAGGAGAAACUCAAAGUAAAGCCACGGCUCCUCCAGAUGAGGAGCCAGAUGAGGUGGUUCGGGCAUCUGGUCAGGAUGCCACCCGAACGCCUCCCGAGGGAGGUGUUUAGGGCACGUCCAACCGGUAGGAGGCCACGGGGAAGACCCAGGUCACGUUGGGAAGACUAUGUCUCCCGGCUGGCCUGGGAACGCCUCGGGAUCCCCCGGGAAGAGCUAGACGAAGUGGCUGGGGGAGAGGGAAGUCCGGGCUUCUCUGCUUAGGCUGCUGCCCCCGCGACCCAACCUCGGAUAAGCGGGAGAAGAUGGAUGGAUGGAUGGAUAAAGGGAAGAAGAUUAAGAGCUAUUCAGUAGGAUUUAAGGUCCAAACUUACAUCACACUCAAAUUUUUACUGCAUGCCUUUGGUAAGUGCCAGAGUGAGAAGGGGUUUUUAAAAUAAUUAGCGCAUGCGUACUUUUACCACAUGCCUUUGGUAAGCGCAGGAGUGAGAAGCGGUUUUAAAUUAAUUAGCGCCCCAACGGCAAUUAAAGGAAAUAAGGUAUGUAAUAUUGUACUGUACAGUUUGAACAGUAACACAGGGUUUUAAUAGAAGAAAAUAAAACACUACUUUAAUCAAGGGAUUAUUUUGCGUACCACUAGAUGGAACACGCAGACCACAGUUUUGAGAAUCACUGAUCUAGUAAACUGAAUAUACUUUAAAUCCACAAUUUUGAGUUUUUAAUCUGGGAACUUGAACAAAAAAAGAGAGUUGUGUUACAGAUCACCUUUAUUUUCUCCCUAUUGGGCGUUACGUGUCAACUAAAGCAAGCGCUGACAAUGCUACUUCUGAUCAUUUUACAGCAGAUAAGGAUGAGCGAGAUGUUUUCUUUGACGAUAGACAUGGAGGACUCUUGAAGUAAUGGCAGGUGUCAGCAGCUUCCAUCUUCCAGGGGCUUAGUUGUGUUCACUUGAGGAGGAUCUCAGAUAGCGUGAGAGGAGUGUAAUGAGUGAUUUUUUUUUCUUCAAUAAAGUCUCUUUUUGCACUGCGUGGCGUGUAUUCUCCUGGUCACAAAAAAUGUGCCAGGUUCACAGCGAAAGGUUAAAAAAGCUCAACUUUCUUGUUUUUUGGUGCUGAUCAAUUCUGCUCAUUUUGGUGCAAACCUUGUCGCUAGGCAGAUGGAUCGUUAGUGCAUUGUAGUCUUGUAGGACACAGACUCCUAAGGAAAUUCCCAGUAGGCACUCGACUUUAAAACAAGGUUGACAACUUGUUGAAUUAGGUCCUGACUUUGAUCACCUCAUACUUAUCAUGGGAACAAAUGUUUUUUAAAAACGUUUAAUCAAUGUUGGGUUCUGACGUGGAUUUGACCAUUGAAUGUUGGUCAUUUGUAACUAAUAUUCCACAACACAAAUAUAACGUUGAAACAA